GUCUUCAGCUUACUUCCAACGAUCAUCCAACCGCAUCUUUCCAAUGGCCUGCUUCGUCGACUGAUCUAUCAAUAUGCCUUAUAAUCCCCUGUCCCCGGGGUCGGCCAUUUCCAUUUCAAACAGUGUCGGACUUGGGAGUGCUCUUGUUCGGUUCUCCAGACGUUCUUAUGCGGUGGACUACAUCGCACUCAUUUCCCUUCUUACAGCAUGGGUUCUUAUACAAAUAUUCGUGACGCCCUUUUACCAGCUGUUCUCCCUCGAUGAUCGCAAUCUACAGUAUCCGUUCGCAGUGGUGGAGAGGGUCAGCGUAUUCUGGUGCAUUAUAUAUGCUGGUGUUAUUCCGCUCUUUAUCAUCCUCACCUGGACCGUCCUAGGGCGUUCCGGUGCUCAUAAAACACAAGCCACUAUCCUGGGCUUCCUAGCGGCAAUAUUGUUGACUACCUUUGUCACGGAUGUGAUUAAGAAUGCGGUUGGAAUGCCUCGUCCGGACUUGAUUUCUCGCUGUAAGCCUACGAAAGACACCCCCAAGGAUGUGUUGGUGGGAUACACAGUUUGCACCCAGGACAAUAACCACAUCCUUGAGGAAGGAUGGAGGAGCUUUCCCAGUGGCCACAGUAGUUUUGCAUUCGCUGGAUUUGGAUACUUGUCUCUCUUCUUCUCGGGCCAAACGCACGCAUUGCGACCCCAUACUGAUCUAUUUCGGUGCCUGCUAGCUCUCCUACCCCUUUUCUGUGCGGUGAUGAUCGCCACGUCUCGUCUUCAGGAUUACAGGCACGACGUCUAUGAUGUUUCUUGUGGUUCCAUUUUGGGUAUUCUGAUAGCAUACUUCUCAUAUCGCCGUUACUAUCCCCCUUUGCGGUCUGCGUGGUGUAACACGCCGUACAAUAAGACAGAGGCAUCUGGGCCUGACGGACCGGGGAAACUUCCGGGCGAUGAGGAACAAGCUGUGUCCCGUGAGGAAGGUUCCUAUUUCGGGGAGACUCUUCGUGGGGUGUAGUGUAGUUUAGUUCAAGUCUUCGUUCUCUUUUUCUUUUACGUUUGGUUUAAAUGGACCUUGGACCGGAUUCAGGAACAUCACUUUGACUAUCACGAUUCAUUCCUCUCAUGAAAUACUUUAUUGGUUUCUUUCGAUCUGGUUUCUGGGUAUCUUCUCGGUGGCGGAACUGGCGCAUGGUACCCCGUCAAGUUUGUUCCACUCUGUAAUAUAGAAAGCAGACGCUUUUAUUUCCUAUCCAAUUCUUUCAUUAGAUGACAAAACAGAUUUAGCAAAAUACGCCCCGG